GUAUCCUCUACAACUUCCCCGAAUGCGCGUCAUAAUAAUCCAGUUACAGUUUUGACCCAACAACAAUUGCAGCAAUUACAACAGUUACAAGCCCAGAAUAGCAGUGGCCAGUCGCUAACAUUUGCUUUGCAACAGACAUCAAAUAAUCCACAAGAGCAAGGAAAUGGGUCAGCAACUGGAAAUCACAUAGUCUACGUAAAUCAGUUGAAUCAAUUGAAUCAGAGUACCAUAAAUCCCUCGGGGACUGGUAUGGGCCUACCCCCGGCCACCCCCACUUUUGGGGUGGGCCUUAAUAUGGGAUUGCCACUAUCACUAUCACUAAAUACCAGUCUUACUUCUCUCACGUCCAAUGUUAUCACCACAUCAAAUCCUCUGCUGAAUUUGGGCUUGCCGAGUAUAAGCACAGGGCUAACCGCGAUAAAUCCUAGCCUGAAUCAAUUAAAUGCUAUCAACUCCAACAUUGGCUCAAACAGUAUUAACAACAGUUUGUCCAAUUUGGGACAAGAUUUGAAUAGCAUUAAUACGGGGGUUAAUACCGGGAUAAACAGGCUCAAUACGAUAAAUUCCACGAAUAUUAAUUCUGGGCUAUCUGGAGUAAGCGCUGGACUGACCGGUCCAAAUCUGACGAGUCUAAACUCAUCGAGCGUGAAUCAGAAUCUUGCUACGUUGAAUACCAAUUUAACCGUCGCGAAUUCCGGCGUAUCAGCUUUAUCUGCUAUUAAUCCAAAUACGAAUUUGGCUACCACUAGUAUAAAUUCUGGUGUGAAUCAGGGUCUUAAUCGACCUGCAAAUGCUCUGGCAACUGGUCUGACGCCAACUAGUUUGAAUUCCAGCAGUACACAAUUUCCAUUCCAAACGAUACAGAGCAUUCAGACUAUUGCACCACACAUCGUUGCAUCGUCAAAUAUAGCACAUGUACCAAACUCUGCUAUAUCGCAACAUCCUAAUUCGAACAUCUCAACAAUCUCACAAAUCUCUAACUCCGGAACUCUGACGAGUUCCAGCAUAUUCACGAGCACUCCGAGCGAAUCGAUUCAUGCGACCACUGCAAAUGUGAAUCACGCUUCAAACGUGAAUCUCACUACGAACAUACCGCACCUUGGUACAAUGCACCCUAAUUUAUCAAAUAUAUCGACGUCUAAUGUACAACAUAUAUCCGCAUCCAAUGAACCGACUAUGUCAUUGAGUCAUGUUUCUUCUUUAAGUUCCUCCCAGUCGACUGGAUUUCAACCACAGCGACAGUAUUCACAGGGGAUAAGCCCCGGGUUAAAUGCGUCAGUAGCAUUAACAGGCACAACGCAACCGUCGAAUGUGGUCAGUACUAUGAAUACCGUUAAGUCUAUGCAAAAUAUUCAAGGUCAAAACAUUAGUUCACCGGGCAGCCCGUUUUCAAUACCCUUGAAAAGUCCAGCGUCUAAUAUAGCACCACCUACGCCGAGUCCUAGCCCUAAUCGACUUUUACUUAGAAGUCCGGCUUCUAACUCGAUACAGUCCAAUCGGAAUAGUCCAAGCCCGGUCAACACGUCGACUUCGAACAGUAACUUUAACAUGCAGAUGCAAAGCCCCAUGCAGAGUCCGAUGAGCGUUAGCCAAAUACAGAGCCCUGUACUUAGCCCGUAUCCCCCUGCAAAAAGCCCUCAUCUAUUAAGCGGGAAUAAUUCUCUCAACAAUAGAAGCCCAGCACCUGGCGGUAGCCCUGGUCCACCUGUGGUUAGGCCUAAUACACCCAUACUACAGCAAGGAAUGCAGGUGUUACAAAUAAUUCACGGUACACCACAGGGUUAUCAAUCUACCCCUACCCAACUGGUGACUAGAACCCAGUUAUUUGGAAAUCAACAGAUACAAAUAGCGGCGGGUAAGCCCACCAAGCAACCACCGCAAAUUUUGCCAAAACCACCAAAUCAGCAAAUUUGUAAUGCUUCUCAACAAAAGUCGCAAAGAGUUACCACUACAAUUACAAAUCAGGUAACGCAGCAGAGUCAGCCGCAAAUUGUUCUUGCUGGACCACAACCAAGUCCAACUACAGCAACAAUGAUCCCAACAGCACAGGGUUUGCUACUGAAUCAGGUAUUGCCGUCUACCGGACCUGUCAUUGUACAGCAGCAGCCAGGAGGCGUUCAACUCAUACUAAGGACGCCAGCAGGCGCGCAGCAACAAACGCAUACUGCACAGUUAACACAACAGCAAUUGGUGAGGGUUGUCACAGCACAAGGUAUGCAACUGCAGGGGAUUGCGCCCACAUUCUUCGCUGUACCCAACGGAUUCCCUUCAGCCGCUCCUCCAGUAAUAAGGCAUACCCCAACUAGUCCUGCGCCAGCUAAUUCAGGAACUAGCAAUCCCAUCGUAAUUCAGAAUGCUAUGGUACAAAGUCCUCAGUCGCAAAUCUCACAAGUUACAUCUGGUAACACUACUGGCAAUGCUUCGUGCACGCAACCUGUCUCCGAACAAAAUCUAUUGCCGCCUCCUAAGAAGAAAGCGAAAAAGAAGAAGAAAGCCAAACGAAAAGAUGACGAACCGAAGUUAGAUCUUGCCCGUAUCAUAAAAAUAUCGGGCAUUGGGGAUGACGAUGAUAUCUUUGAUUCUGAGUUGACAACUGAAACCGAGGUUCCUUGUCAAACGCAGCAAAGCGAAGUUAAUCUCGGGCAACCUCUAGGCCAACUUUCAUCGCAAGGAACAGUUCCUGCUAGCCCUACUUUAACUCAAGUACCUGCAACGAACACAACGAACACGCAAGCUCCUGCAUCGCAACCACUUAACAAUCAGCUUGUCACCCAACUCCAGAUGCCUGUACAAAAUACGCUAACGGGACAAUUUCGUAUAUCGAUUGGAGAAGACGGAAAACAACUUAUUUUGCAGCAUCAGCCUGAACCCAAUCAACCAGAAAUGGAUGGAGCGACUGCGCAAGCUUUGAUACGAUCCCUGACUCAAAGUAGCGGACAAAAUUCGCAGAUUAUCUCGCAAUUUUUCAGCCAAACGCAAAAUACGCCACAGUCCGCUCCAAAUACGACCCAGCAGAGGCAAAAGUAUGCCAAAUCUCCUUUAUCUAGUGGAAAUCAAGCUUCAGGCAAUACUAUAAGUUCCACAUGCUCGCAAAAUGUCAUUUGCACUACUAGUCCGCAUCAUGGCCAGAUAUGUUCGAAGAUUAAUCAGCAGAAGAAUACAAACGUUCCUCAAGAGACUAAUUCGCUACCUAAUAUCUGCGUUCAAAGUAGCCUCGGACCUUUACAGGAGACGCAAACGUCUAAGAACGUCAAUGUACAAAAACUGAUGCAAGCUAAGAAUGUUCAAUCUGCAUUGUCACAAACGAGCAAUAAUACUCCUUUGAAUCCCCCAGAUGUCUUAUCAAAGCCUUCGUCUAUGUAUGGCAUUCAAGGUUCUCGAAUAUCUAAUGCAAGUCAGACGAGUUCCAAUCAACAAAAUUCCAAUCUUUCUCUACAAAAGUCUAGUCAGGUACGACUCAUGAACACUUGUGUAACAAAUAUACGGAAAAAUUUGGGAAAGCAGCCAGCGCACCGACAACACGCUCAUGUGCAAAAAUCAUUACCUGGUAGCUCAAUAGCACAAAACGACCAUAUGUCUAAGACUAAUCAGAGUCUUCAGCAAACGAAUCAACAGGAAACUCUAACAUUGCAGCAGGAAUCGCCACUGUUUCAACAUAAUCAACAGAUCACUGCGCAAACCGUACAAACUCAAAAUGUGCAACAAAUAUUUGAACAAAACUUACAGAGCUCAAACAUUCAUCAUAAUUCCAUGAAUAUAUUGCAGCAACAAAGUUCUUGUAACACCAUGCAACAACACGAUACCAUGAAUGUUUUACAUUCGAGUAUUCAACAAAAUACGAUUAAUGUGCUGCAACAAAAUACAGCCGGUAAUGUUCAGAAUAUAGAACAAAAUUUGUCGGGUAUCAAGGAUAUAGCACACGCGCAGCAGAAUGUCAUGACCAGUUUGCAACAACAAAAUACGUCUGCUGUUUUACACAACACGAGUGUCCAGCAAAAUGUGAAUGUUCAGCAACAGAAGGUAGUGACAGCAAAUACCUUCUCCUCCGUUAAUGCACAUCACUUCGAGUCUCAGAACUCGGCUAACGUCGUGCAGCAAGGAAUCAAUACGCAACAAAAUAAUCAGAAUCAGAAUAUAUUGAUUACGACCGCUCCUACUUCUAAUACCGCCCAGCCGAACGAAUCUCAAAAUGUCGAAACCCAAGGCGCAAAUAUAUUGAACUCGGCGGCGAACAGCAUACUAAAUAACGCACCUAAAAUCACGCCUGAAAUUUUAAAUGCGUUGAGAAACUUGAAUCCUAACGAUCAGCUGCUAAUCGCGAACGCGAAUGGUCAGAUGCAGGUGAUCAGUCAGCAGCUCUUGCAACAACUUUUGGCUGGACAGUUAAACGCGACAAAUCAGACACAGAAUCAAAAUCAAACGCAGAAGAUAGUGAUUGGCGAGCCAGAUGCAAGUAAUCAGAAUCUGCAAGGAGUUCAGAUCAACACUCCAACGAGCCAGAUAAUCGUCAACAGUUCUGGUGGAGCCCCAACAAUCCAAAAUAAUAUUCAGAACAUCGUGGUGCAAGCUGCACCGUCCCAGAUGCCGCAACAUAUACAAAUUCAAAAUUCCGGCUUUCCUAGUCAAUUUAUUGACAAUCUAAAUCAACAACAAAUUAGGAACUUGGGCAACAAUCCACCAAAGAAGACGAAAAUCGUGAAAAAGACGAAAGUUGCUGUUACUGCUCAAAGCAUAAACUCACAGACGAAGACAGUAACCGUUACUCGACCAACAAUGGUUACGUCCAAUUUACAAAAAGUUGACCAUACUAAUAAAAUAAACACGACGGUAUCUCAUAGUACAAAUCCUACUAAGAGCGAACCAACUCAGAUCAUUGCCAAUGGUCCUUUAAUUACAUCCUCUGCCGGCAGUCACGUAUCAGUUCCCUCAAAUGGGCAAAUGGUACAAAGAGUACAAACUAUUCAGCUUCCUGCUCAAUUGCAGCAAUCGUUGAAGAACAUUCAGUCACAAAUCCAAGCUCUUUUAUCUCGAAAAUCUGGUACGUCGCACGAUCAGACGGCGUUGGCGAAAUUGUACCAAGAGCAAGCAAAGAUAUUAGCCAGUGGGAAAGUCGUUAGCACUACUACACAUUCUGUCAAUAGCACGACCGAAACGACGUUCAGUGUAAACGUAGUUUCAACAGUUGCGUCGAGUAUACAUUCGCAAAAUUCAUUCAAGAACCAGACAUCAGCGGCGCAAACACAGACACAAACUUCCACCGCUGCUAUGCCAGUAACAUCUCAAACUCUAAGUUCAACUACAACAAUGCCAAGUAGCUCGAAUAGUAGUUUCAUUAAUAAUAUUACGGUGCCGCAAAGUAUACAAGGGCAACAAUCGAGUAUAUCGAAUACUUGUGUGACACAGAGUGUGCACCAGACGCACGUCAAACAGCAUAAGUUUUAUCAGAACCACGGGACUCAGAUGUUGAAUCCGUCCUCUGCGAACAUGCAAAUCUUCUCGCCGCCUAUUACCUCCGUAGCAACUUCACAGUUACAGAGCAGCGCACAACAAUUGACCCAAUUGCAAACGCAGCAAUCAGGCAUACAGUGUCAACAACAAUCGACGCAGUGUCAGACAGACCCGUUGGAUUUCAAACCGAAUAUACAGACACCGAGCCCUGUGAAACAAGAGCUCUCGUCCCCUAUUCAAGUGCAAGUUCAAAGCGGCUCGCCUGCGAGUCAGGUGACCUCGCCUAGAAUGAUAAACAAGGGAACGCAGAGGAUUCAGAGCCCUGUAAAUACCAACGGGAAUACGAUGAAGCAACUCGUCAGUCCUAAUAGCAACUCCAAUCCUUUGAUAAGUCCGAGGCAAGGCGUAAAAAGGCGUGCGAUUAGCCCGAUUUGCAGGCAGGUCAACCGCAGUGAUGUAGUGGAACAGCAACUAAAAACCGAUCAAAAUGGCGCAACCAAUCCAGAUAUGAAUACACCAUUCUCAGGCAAGCGUGAUGCUUGCAAACGUUUGGUACGAUAUCAUUGUUUAAAUGAGCAAGUACUAGGACCCAAGGAUCUGACAAAAGCGGACGAAAUAUUUGAAGAGACAGCGAAACAUCUAUUGAACAAGUUCAGCUCUAUGAUAAAUAAAUACACGUAUCUUCUCCUAAUGGAAAGCAUGCGUGAAGUGAGGACGUCAGAAUUGAUGAUGAUUGAUAGGUCUUUUGUAUCUGAAGAGCAAAAUAUUCUCCAGAGGUUAAAGGAACAGGAGGCAAAACUUAACGCGGAGUUUAAGAAGGAAGAAAAACCGUUGGUGCCAAAAGUUGAACCUGGCCUUGUGGAAGAGAACAAGUCAACCUUAACAGCAUCGUCACCUUUGGUGAAUGUAUCUGUAAAACGCGAAUUGGAAGAUGAUUUCCCAAGUGACGAAAUGGAAUGCAAACCAGUGAUCAAGACGACGAGUAGUACAAGUGGUGAUUACGACGAGUGGUUGGAGAUUCAGAAGGCACUGGGUGUAUAUCCGUCUACCGCAGACACUUUGAAGUGUAAAAACGGCAAUAACAGUGGUAGUGGUGCGUGUGCUGUUGCGAGAUCAUCGAAAAUUGAAAGAACACGAGCAAACGGCGAGUGUCUUCGUGCAAAUGUUGCAAAUACAAAUUUGCCCGGUGUCUCGAACGCGAUUAUGAAGGACGAUUGCGAGCAGGAUGUAAAUACGUCCUUCGACAGGCGUUGGAGUAGUGCCACUGAUCUUGAACGGGAUUUGUCAGAGGAUACCGACUUGGAUGAAUUGGCUUUGCACUCCCAGACGCAAUGUCCAAGCAGUACUGCCCACGUGACGAGUAGCGAAAGCGGUAACACCGGUAACGAGCACGAUGAGAUCAACGCGCAAGUACAGUCCGCCAUCGACAGCAUUCUUAAUCUUAAGCAACGUCCUACGAACACCCUAACAGGCAGCAGUAGCGGUAGUUCGUCAUCGCAGUCCGGCGACUCGAAAGACACUGCGUUGGACCAAGCAGUCCGCAGCAUCUUAGGCUCGUGA